AUAUAGUCUAUAGAAUACAAUAAUACCCCACAAUUCAACCCGCAACCCAACCCCUUUGGCCAAACAAUAAAACAAACUUUCUCUUCUUUUCUCUCAUCUUUUCUCUCCAUGUCUUUGACUUGGACUCUCCUCCCACACGCUCACAUGCUAUACUUUUUCCAUUAUUCACACUAAUAAUUUUCAAACAAUUCAUACAAAACAGCUCUUUUUUGUUACUGAUUAACGUCGGCAAUGGCCGUGCUACACCACCGCCGCCGCCACUACUUAUCGACACUCGCAGCUUUCACUUUCUUGCUAUUCUUCUCUUCCUCAUCUGCAACUUUUUCUCAACUCGAUAAUAAUAAUAACAGUGGGUUUCAAGAAAAUGAAGAAGGUCAAAGAGUGAGUGAGUUAAGUAGUAAUCCUACUCCAACAUACAAUGACCGAGUUUUAGUAACUCAGAAAAGACUCGGAGGACCGGGUUCUUCACCGCCCACGUGUAGAUCCAAGUGUAGCCGGUGUUCACCGUGUAAACCAGUUCAUGUCCCGAUUCAACCUGGUUUAAGUAUGCCAUUAGAGUAUUACCCAGAAGCCUGGAGAUGCAAAUGUGUGAUUUGCAUAUUUCAUAAUGAUGAUCAUCAUCAUUUUUUGCCACUGGACAAAGCAGCUUUGGGAAUGUAAGUUUGUAGAGGUUACCUUACGCAAAUGCGCGAAAGACUGGAAUAUCUAAUGCGACGUUGUAAAGAGUGAAAUUAAAUCGCUGCAAACGUGAAACAUUGAUAUUUAAUAUGUAAAUAACUUUUUUUAAUUUUAUUAUGCAAGAGAGACAGAUUGGAAUUAAGUAAAAGCUGUACUCAAGAUGAUGAGUAUCUUAAUUUUAUAUUAAAAGUAGCAAAAUUUGCUCCCAUUGGAGUCAACAAGCAGAGUACUAAAGAGAUUUUUAGGUACAUAAUUGAAUGGAUUAUGCUAUAUUAGGUGCAAUUCAAUGGUUAUUUUUAUACUUAGAAUGGUGUAUUUUUCUUGAGCAUUGUCC